UCUCCGUACGUCCACCCCCUGCCUCCCUCACACAGUUUCUCCCUCCCCGCACAGCCUCCCUUUUCCAUCACCCCUCCCGUCCCACCACGCCCCCUCCUUCCUCUCCAGCCCGCAGCUCCCCUUCCCUCCAUCCCACAUUUUCCACUGCCCCCACGCUCCGGCCCAGGGUGGGCCCCGUCCCGGCCCGAGCUGACGGGAGGGGUCUCCAGGAGCUCCCCCUGCGACGCCUAAAGGCCGGGCCAGCGGCUGGUCGGAGGGCGCGGGCCGGAGAGAGGCACCUGGGGGCGCCGGCGCCCCGAGCGGCCCGCAGGCUCCCGCGCGCGGCCCCGCAGGCUGGGCGGCCGGCCGCGCCAUGUCCUGGGCCGUCCUGCUCGGCCUCCUGGCCGCGCUGCUGCUGCUGCUGCUGCUCACCCGCCGGCGCACGCGGCGACCUGGCGAACCUCCCCUGGACCUGGGCAGUAUCCCGUGGUUGGGCUACGCCUUGGAGUUUGGAAAAGAUGCUGCCAGCUUCCUCACCAGGAUGAAGGAGAAGCAUGGGGAUAUCUUUACUGUGCUGGUGGGGGGCAGGUACGUCACUGUCCUCCUGGACCCACACUCCUACGACGCAGUGGUGUGGGAACCUCGCACCAGGCUGGAUUUCCACGCCUACGCCGUCUUCCUCAUGGAGAGGAUUUUUGAUGUGCAGCUUCCGCACUACAACCCCAGUGAUGAAAAGGCCAAGAUGAAACCGACUCUCCUCCACAGAGACCUGCAGGCGCUCACGGAUGCCAUGUAUACCAACCUGCGCACUGUCCUGCUGGGCGACACCACAGAAGCGGGCAGUGGCUGGCAUGAGAUGGGUCUCCUCGAUUUAUCCUACAGCUUCCUGCUCAGAGCCGGCUACCUGACUCUGUACGGAGUCGAGGCCCUGCCACGUACCCAGCAGAGCCAGGCCCAGGACCGUGCCCACUCAGCCGACGUCUUCCACACCUUCCGCCAGCUCGACCUGCUGCUCCCCAAACUGGCGCGUGGCUCCCUGUCAGUGGGGGACAAGGACCACGUGAGCAAAGUCAAAGGUCGCCUGUGGAGGCUGUUGUCCCCAGCCAGGCUGGCCACCCGGGCCCACCGGAGCACCUGGCUGGAGAGUUACCUGCUGCACCUGCAGGAGACGGGUGUGUCGGAGGAGAUGCAGGCGCGGGCUCUGGUGCUGCAGCUCUGGGCCACACAGGGGAACAUGGGUCCAGCUGCCUUCUGGCUUCUGCUCUUCCUCCUCAAGAAUCCCGAGGCCCUGGCUGCCGUCCGUGGAGAACUCGAGCAUGUCCUCUCUCGAGCAGAGCAGCCUGUCUCACAGAUGACCACCCUCCCACAGAAGGUUUUAGACAACAUGCCUGUGCUCGACAGUGUGCUGAGUGAGAGCCUCAGGCUCACGGCCGCGCCCUUCAUCACCCGAGAGGUCGUGGUGGACAUGGCCAUACCCAUGGCAGAUGGGCGGGAAUUCUCCCUGCGACGUGGUGACCGCCUCCUCCUCUUUCCAUUCCUGAGUCCCCAGAAGGAUCCAGAGAUCUACACAGACCCAGAGGUAUUUAAGUAUAACCGAUUCCUGAACGCUGAUGGAUCAGAGAAGAAAGACUUUUACAAGGAUGGGAAGCGACUGAAGAAUUACAGCAUGCCCUGGGGUGCUGGGCACAAUCAGUGCCUGGGGAGGGGCUACGCCAUCAGCAGCAUCAAACAAUUCGUGUUCCUUGUGCUGGCGCACUUUGACCUGGAGCUGGUCAACCCCAACGUGGAGAUCCCUGAGUUUGACCUCAGCAGGUACGGCUUCGGGCUGAUGCAGCCAGAACACGACGUGCCCAUCCGUUACCGCAUCCAGCCGUGAACAGACCGGGCUCCACACGCUUGCCCCCACCCAGCCCGCACCCGGAUCGCCCAACUUUCUAUGUCCACAUCUGGCCUGGGUGCACAGCUUCAAACACCCAACAGUAUCAGCUUUAGCACUUUACUGCUUUUUUCCUGGAAGGCUGGUUGGGGGGAGGGGGAAGAAAGGAAGCUGAGAGAGGAAGGUUUAGUCCAAAAUGAGACUCUUUCUGCGUGUGCCCAGUUCACCUUGUUCCUCUCAUCUUAUGACACCCACAAAGUUACGGCAAACAGGGCAGAAUAGGAGUCAUGACUGCUGUGCCCCAACUCCCAGAGGAGCCACUGUCCAAGCCCUUGACAAUGGUGUGGUUGAGGUCUUAACCACUCAAAGCAGAUGCUGGCCUUAAAAAGGCCAUUUGGGAUCUAGCAGUGUGUCCCUUGAAAUAAGCUGGUCCCCAAAUUAUUUUAAACUAGCUGAAGCCAAAGGAGUCCUUAGACCUGUUUCUGGUCCCCUCAUCUCUCCAUUCACACCGAUUCUUGAGAAAGCGCAGGAGGGUUUCCGAAGCUGAUGCAUCCACGAUUCAGAUCGUAAGCACUCUCUUGACGCUGGGGUUGGAGCAGUGGAGCUCGCUGUUCUAGAGUUAUGGGCUCCAGAUGGGACAAGCCUUGUAAAUGCUGAGACUCGAGUCGGGAAUAAGAGAGACACAGGCCCCACAGGGCGGUCCUGAUGGAAGGAAGCAGCCAGCCUCCUUGGACCGAGCAAGGCAAAAACAGGAGGCUUUGGUUUCCUUCAGUCUAGCUCAGAAGCUCCAGCUGUGGGCAUGAUGCAGUCUGCAGACCUGUUUUAUAUACAGUAUAUAUAAAUUGUUUCCGUAUCAUCUUUGGGAGAGUUGAUUCAAAAUGCCCAGCUUCUCUUGAAAAAAACAGGCACACAGGGCCAUUAUUCCCAAGGGCAGGCACUGGCCAGGGUUGAGAAGCAGCCACCUCCCUUUCCUAGGACGUGUGCUCUGGCUCACCAGGGUUUCUACUUGGUGGAAUUUUUUCUCUCUGCUUCUCCAUUCCUAGUACCUCCUGGCCCAUGAAGGCAUUUGAGCUUGAGAACCCUGUUCUAACUCUUAGAGGUGAUCUUUUAGGAGGUGGUAGGAACCUGUAACUGGUUCUUAGGCCAAUGGUCCAUCUUCCUGUGUUCACCACCCUUCGAACAAACAGACCAAUGAUGAAAACUUGCCUUUGCAUCAGUUUGGGGGUGGGGGGAAGAGGAGCUCAAAGAGAAAAAAUUGCCUAGAAACCUUUUAUUAUGAUGGUAAGCAUUGUUAAUAUUAGAUUCUGUUUAUUGAGGACUCUCUAAAUGUCUGUGACAGGCACAAUGGACAUAGUAUUUCUAUUUUUCACAUCAUCUCUGCAAAGAGGGGAUGGUUACACCUUUUUAUAGAUGAGGAAACAGGUUCAGAGAGGUGAGGUGACUGCCAGGGUCACACAACUCCUAAGCUAGUAGAAUUCAGCAAACAGACUUAUUGUCCCAAUAGCAAACGCAUUCCUUGGGCUCAAGGGGAUGAUGGAGGGACAGUUCUGUUUGGCAUCAGAGCCAGCGGCAUGCAUGGCUGGAUGCAUCUCCUGAGAUGCAGACACACAUACACACACACACACACAGAGCUAAGUUACUUUGGCUUUAGCUGAAAGAGAAGAGAGGACCUGAGAUCUCCGAAUGUGUCGAGAGCUAGUCUCUAGGAGCAGCACUGGGGCUUGGGGGCUUCCCUGGCCCUCAGCCUCCAGGCGCCCCCAGGAUUCCCAGACAGAUACUGUGAUUGGCAGGAGGCAGGAUAUCCCCAGGGAAACCCAUCUUCAUGCCUGGGUGACCCCUGCUGCCGCCUGCUUCUUAACUCGGCAGGAAAUCAGGCCUGGCAGCCUCCUGUGGGAGGAUGGAGCCGGUUUCCACGGCAACCCUCAGCUGCCUCGUCCUAGCUUGGAAGGGAAGGAAGAAGGCCAGCAGAAAUAGCAGCAGGAAGAUCUCUCUGUGAGGCUGCUACCCUGGUGGGGGAAAGCCCUAUGACUCCCCUCUUCCAAACCAGGGACGCGUUGUCACUGAGAGAGAUUCUCACCUCUGUUUUAAAAAAAGGCCGAUUUCCUUUAAAGGUGGUGCACCUCCUUGAAGCCACAAUCAUUAGGAAGAGACAAAUCUCCCACCAGGCAGCUCCAGCUGGUACCAGAGAUACUGAAGUACAGCUUAGGAGACAAUGAUUUAAGCCUUCCCUUGUUUUAAUCUUUCUUUUUCUUUUAAAAAAUAUAAAGAAGAGCGAGAGAUGAGUGGGUUAACCCCUUGCUACAGAUUAUCUAGGAAGAUACUCAGUUGUCAUUGUAUUUCUUCAUACCUUGCUUUAGAAUCACAAAAUUGCAGGACAUAUGUUAGAAACAGUCUUAGGUUGACCUAAUGAAGUAAUUCUUAACAUCAUCAUCAUUUUUUUUUUUUGCUAUAUUUUGUAUCGUUGUUUACCAGAUAUUUUCCUUGAAACAAACUCAUUUUUUAAAACCUUAUAGUUGUUUGAAAAGGUAGCUUUUUUUUAUUAUUGCUGCCAGUAAUGGACAACAUAUAUCACUCGUUGUCAAAAAUAGAAAGUGACUGUGAAAAAUAAAUUCGACGGAAGGGGGUCUCCAUGCUGGUGUCGCUGAGGCUCAGGGCCUGAGAUCUGUCACUUCUCUGUUACAAAGUGAGACAAGCAAGUAUUCGAGUCGCAUUAAAGUCAGGCCAGUGCCACCCCGAGACUUUCUCCCUGACAAUCCCUGGGAGAAAGGACAGAGAAAGGCGUAAGCGGCUCGCCACGAGGGUCACCUGUGCAUUACACCUGCCCUCAGUGCCUCGCAGGGUCUUCUGCCAUCAGUGGCCGAGCACACCGAGCUGGUGACACCCACCUGCCCAUUCUUCAGAUGAGAGCUGAAGUGUCUUGCCAGACCCAUUGAUGUUGAUGUGUAUUUUUAAAUAAACAGUGUUUCGUGAGUAGCCUUGCUGUUUAAAUAAAGAGUUCUAUUUUCAUAUAAUACUGUGGAGUGGAAACAUGCUGAAAUAUAUUAAACCAUCCUUGUUU